AUGGCCCCCUCUUCUUCUUCUUCUGUGACGCCAAAGACGACGACGUCGAAGCCUAACGUAUUCAAGCGAUUCGACGUCGUUUCGGACCACUCAGACCACCACUACGUCAACAACAAAAAAGGAUGUGGCGGCGGCGGCGGGGUCCAGAAGAAGAUCAUGCAGGAGUGGAAGAUUCUGGAGAAGCACAUCCCGAACUCCAUCUACGUGCACGCGUACGAGACCCGCAUCGACCUCCUCAGGGCCGUCGUCGUCGGAGCCUCCGGCACGCCCUACCACUACGCGCUCUUCUUCUUCGACAUCGCCUUCUACCACUCCCUGCUCAACACCUGGCCAGGAAAGGGGAAGGAGAGGUGGGACCCAUCUCAGUCGAUGAUCCUCCAGGUUUUGGUGUUGAUCCAAGGCCUGGUUCUCAACAAGGAGCCCUACUUCAACGAAGCGGGAGCCGGGAACCGCUUUGGAUGCGAGGCGUCUCGGGCCUACAACGAGAAAGUCUUCAUUUUGACUUGCAAAACAACGCUGAAUUUCAAGGCUUUCACCGCCUCGUUCAUAUAUGGGGAGUGGAGCUAA